CUCUCUCCUCUCUCUCUCUCAUACGUUAAUGCAAGAGCAUAUUUCUUCAAUCUGAUACAUAUUUCUCGCUUGCUACAGAUUGGAGAAGCGAUGGCGGUGGCGAUGUUUGACUUGAGGCUUCUAGUUUCCUUCGUUCUUCUGUCGGUGUGCCUGCUUCCUACUCAGGCUCAGGCCGGCAAGGUUCAGUACUGCGAUAAGGAAACGAAGUAUGCUGUUAAUGUCAGUGGAGUUGAGAUAUCUCCUUAUCCUAUAUCCAGAGGCAGGCGGACCACUUUUAGCAUCUCAGCAUCUACAGAUGAAGUGAUCUUUGGAGGAAAAGUACAGAUUGAUGUGCUGUACUUUGGAAUCAAUGUUUACAGUAAGAUCCAUGACCUAUGCGGGAAGACAUCUUGCCCUGUUGCUGCUGGUGAUUUCGUAAUUUCUCACUCUCAAUCGUUGCCUUUCUUCACUCCGCCGGGCUCUUACACACUUCAAAUGAAGAUGGAGGAUGAAAGCAAGCAUCAGCUGACCUGCAUCACCUUUGAUUUUAGCAUUGGGUUUUUAGCAUCGGAUGAGGUUAUAGCUGAUUCUUAAGUCCCCUGAAGUUGGUUUUAAACCGCGUAUGAAAACCCUAUGAUCAGUGUACAUAGACAACCUGUUAUGUACUGUUUCAGACAAUGCAUCUAUUUGAGCUUUGCCGGUGUCAUGUCAUGUGAUGCUUACGGUUGGUGAGGCUUACUUUGAAGACUAUUACAAGUUGAAAUCGUUUUUAUGCGUUUCUGGACAUAACUUGUGAUUGGAUUGCUGGUCCAUGUUGACAUGUAGUUAUUUCACCCUCUGAUAUAGAACUAUUUACAUGUGAUGGA